AUGGCAUUGGAUGAAAAAGAGCUUGAACUGGGCGAUUUCAUAACAGCUGAAAUAGAAGAGGCCAUGCGCACCUCUCUAAUUCAUAUUGCCAUAUUUUCACCUAGAUAUGCGGAAUCUCCCUGGUGUUUGGCCGAACUGUCAUAUAUGCUCAAAACCGGCACCACAAUCAUUCCAGUGUUCUACGAUGUUGAGCCCAGUGAUCUCCGCUACCUGAAAGGACCAUUUGGUGCUGCAUUUGAGGAGCAUGAAAACAAGAAGAGAAAGAGAUAUGCCCCAGAAAAACUGGAGGAGUGGAAAGAGGCGCUAUCCAAUAUUUCACUCCGUCAUGGCCAAGUUCUGAAGGGGAAAUCUGAUGAUGAAGGAAAGUUGUUGAAGAGCAUCGUGAAUUGUGUGAUGAAACACAUGAAAACAAAGGUUCAUAUGGAGGUAGCCAAAUAUCCAGUGGGUCUUGAUGAGGCAGUAGAUGCUUUUGAAAGUAUACUUGAUUCUUCUCAAAAUAUACAAAUUGUGGGGAUUGUCGGCAUGGGGGGCUCUGGGAAAACGACCCUUGCCAAAGAAAUAUACAAUAGGAAAAGUUCCUUAAUAGAUAAAUCCAGUUUUCUUUUUGAAGUCCGAGAUGCAGAAAACAAAAAUGAAUUGUGUAUAAGACAAAAGAAACUUAUGCAAGACAUUGGUGUUAAACCUGAAUUUGGUAAUGUAGAAGAAGGGAAGAUAUUCCUUAAAAUGAAGUUGAGAUUUCUUCAAGUGUUUGUAAUUUUGGAUGAUGUAGAUAGUUUAGAACAAUUAGAUGCUCUAUUACCAGGAAUUGACAGCUUGGGACAAGGUAGUUUAAUUAUUGUUACAAGUCGGGAAUUGGGCAUUCUUAAAUCAUGGGGAAUCUCAUCCAUUUACCCAAUAAAAGGAUUAAAUCCUAGACAUGCUAAGGAGCUUUUAUGUUGGCACAGUUUCCUACAAUCUUCUCCUCCAAUUGAAUUUGAAGAUCUUGUUGAGAAAUUUGUACAUAAUUGCAAAGGAUUGCCCUUAUCUCUUAGAGUAUUUGGAGGACUGCUUUAUAAAAAGCCUAAGGAGUAUUGGAAUUCUCAAUUGAAAAAAAUAUCAAGAAUAUUACCCCAUGACAUUAAAGAAAAGCUUAAAAUAAGCUUCAAUGCACUGGAUAAGGAGGAGAAAGAAAUAUUUUUAGACAUAGCUUGUUUUUUCCUAGGUGAAAAAAAAAACGUGGCCAUUGAAGUGUGGGAUGGGUCGGGAUGGUGUGGAGUUCAUAGUUGGGAAGUGCUUGAGAAUAAAUGUUUGGUUGAGGUGGACAAGUGCAAUAAAAUCAAAAUGCACGAUCAGCUUAGAGAUCUUGGAAGAGAAAUUGCAAAGGAAUGGUCACCCCACCGUAUUUGGUCAACGGAGCAAAUUAAAGACAUUCAGAAACAGGCCACCAUGGAAAGAGUGAUAUUGAUUCGGGGGAUUAAUGCGGCAACCAAUGAUUUCUAUCAAGCGUGCUCGCCUCAUCAUGGUACACCUUUUGAAGAGUGUAUGGAGAUUGUGAGAGGCUAUUCUACAAAGUUUAAGAGCCUUACACCUUCUAUCCUUGUUGUGGAGGAUAAUUAUUUUACAGAAGAAUGUGCAACACUAUUUCCAGCCCUCCUCUGGCUGCGAUGGAGCAAUAUGCCGGGGACAGCUCUUCCGUCGUGGCUAAUGCUGAAGAAUUUAAGAGUUUUAGAGCUUCCAUAUGCUAUGUACUUAAAAGAAUUGUGGAACGACACAGAUCCUCCUUUGGAAUUAAGAGAGCUGAAACUUGAAGGUGCCUACAGUUUCCUCAAAUUUCCGGGGUCAAUAGGAUGUCUUAAACAUUUGAAAAAGAUAUCCGUGGCCGUACCAAAUAGCUAUAUUCAUAAUGACAGUCUUCCAGAAGGGUUUUGUCUACUUGAGUCGUUAGAGCACCUCCAGCUAAAUAGAUUUGAUAAGCUAACAUCAUUGCCUCGCGAGUUUGGUCUUUUGACAAACCUGCGACAUCUAGAUUUGAGCCAUUGCGAGAAAUUGAGGAUGUUGCCUGAUUCUUUUAAGCAGCUCAUAAAUCUACAGUAUAUCAAUUUGCGUGGUUGCAAGGAGCUCACCUUAACGUCAGAGAACAAUUACAUUUUGGAAAAUAUGACAAAGUUGGAGAUUCUAAAUUUUUCAGGAUGUGAAAAAGUUCAGAACCUACCUCGGGAUAUCACAAAGCAGUUGUCGUUGAGAUAUCUGUAUGCGCAAGACACCGGGUUAAGGGAAUUGCCAAGUAACAUUGGCGAACUGAGCAAAUUGGAAGUGCUGGAAAUAGGGAGUUAUUUCUCUUCUUUGAGUGAUGAUUUAAAAGCUUUACCUGAGUCUAUGGGUGAUUUGUCUUCUUUGACUAGGCUUACAAUUUCUUAUUAUCAAUUAAAAACUUUACCUGAGUCUAUGGGUGAUUUGUCUUCUUUGACUAGUCUUACCAUUUCUUGUGGUCAAUUAAAAACUUUACCUGAGUCUAUAAGUGAUUUAUCUUCUUUGACUAGACUUACCAUUUCUUAUUGUUAUGAAUUGGAAACUUUACCUGAAUCUAUAGGUCAUUUGUCUUCCCUAGCACAUCUUGAAAUUGAUAAGUGUUGGAAGUUGGGAUCUUUGCCAGAGAGAAGUCUUAGUCAGUCAGAAGAACUGAGCAUAAAGUCUCUGUCGGGGUCCUGUUCUUCUUCAUUGUGCAACCUCAAAUCGAUAAAGUUGGCCUACACUCUUUUGUCGAGGAUAUCAAUCUCUCAACAAUGCUGCCCCCGUCUGGAAACUCUGGACCUUGAGAGUAACCAGCAGUUAGUAGAGAUCGAAACGUUGCCAACAUCAGUAAAGGCCUUGAAGUUGAGCAAUUGUAAAAUGCUGGUGGUCAUAAGUGCUUUGUCAGGCAUGGUAAACCUUGAGACACUGCGUAUAGAGAACUGCGGGGACAAGGUACAAUUUGAAAUCAUAGAAACUGCUGACCAACCAUCCAUGCCAGCCAUAAAUUUUGAGCAUAUGGAGAGACUGCAGACGCUACAGCUCUCAGCAGAAUGCAACAUCUCAGCAAUUGAACUUUGCCUUCAGACUAUAAAGAAAUGGCCAUCGGAAAGUAUAAUUUGCGGAAGGACAGAGCGUGGUGUGGAAUCAGUUAUGAAGUCUUCUGCCUUUCCUGGUCUCACUUUUGUUGAUUCAGGCGUGGUCGAGGGUAGUUGGUUGAGGUUAAAAUACGGGCAUCCUUCCAACGCGGCAGCGAUGGUGUGUUUUCAUAUAAAUUCCACUUCCGCACAUCAUAUAUGUUUGUUCCCCCAGAACUUCGGCACCAGCAUUGAUAUGUUCGUGGGAGAGGGGAAAUGGGUAUGGUUAGGUGUUUUCACACAACCUUCCCUUACGACAGAGGAGUACACGCUAUCAUUCGACAAGAGAUACUGUGAUUCAGGGAGGGGAAUGGUAGUGAUGGGCGAGCAACAGAGAGUUGUGGAGGCUUUUAAAAAAUUACUGUUAUUUUUUGGCGGUUGUGAAUAGGCUGAAUGUUUUUUAUUGGUGAUCAAGACAGAGUGCUCCACUGGUUUAAAAAAUUGCUGCUAUAAUGUAAUAUGAUUUGCAUUGAAUAUAAGUAGAGUGUAAAUUAUUACAAAAAAAAACUAAAAUAGAAAUUAUUUAUGAAUGUAACUAUUUUAGGAAUAUAUAAAUUGAAAUUGAGUUUUUUUUAAA